AGGAUCCCAGUGAAACUCCACCUCCAACAAGAGCAGAAAAUAGAAUAGAAAAAACUGAACGCAAAGUAAGUACUAAACUGUAGUUUCUCUGAGCACACCUUUUAAGCAGGCUUUGUCUUGAUGAAAACAAACUGUAGUUUCUCUCUGGUCCGAGGUGCCUUCUUUUACGCUCCUACUAAACCAAGAAUGACAUUUUUGCUGUACGUACGUAGAGGGUGAACGGUCUGUGGCAGUACUGCCAAUCUGAAGCUUUCUUUAGAGCUUUUCAUCACAGUAACAUUCCUGUGAGUGUGAAAGUUUCAUAGAUAAGUUAUUUAUUUGUUAAACUUGGCCAACACAAACGUACAUACAAACAUGACAUUUACAACAGCAAAACAUGUACAUCACUGAAUUUGAUUUAAAUUUAUUAAAUGACAUUCCCUAAAAUGGGCUUUUCAAUGACAAUUCACAUAACUUUUAAAAUAAAUGAUGAAUUAUCGACUAUAUUUACAACAAUCUUAUCAUUAAUGAUUAAUUAAUACAAGUUAUUACGUGAACUGAACUUAUACUAUAUAUUAAAGUUUAUGAGUUAAAAAGUUAAAAAGAAGGUCAUCGCGUCUCAAUCAGAAUUGUCUUAAGUUUCGUCUUCAAAUCACCAAUUGAUUUCAGCUCUAGACCAUUCCAUAUCUUAGUCCCUCUGUAUUUCUCACAAGGAAUGUCAGGGACACCACAACAGUAUAAACCAACUAAGAAUAAAUAAAUACUUUAUUUAAAUGAGGUUACAUAGUAACCAAGGUUAAUAUCAUAGGAACCGCGCGCAGUCUGGGUACGACAUGUGCCCUCAGGAUAUCGGAUAUAGAGAGUGCCAAGCAGACUCUCAGGUCAUUAGCUAAUUCAUAGCCAACUGCAAUGGUAAUCUGCUCAGAGAAGAAGCAAUUUUUUUUUCAUGACUACAAUUGAUUUUCAAUUUAAUUUCCAUCGAACUAAGUUCGGUGUGAUAAGGUGCAGACGUUCGGUGGUCAGGUCCUGAAUGGACAGGUCCACGUGAUUCGGACCUGAAUCCAAGUAACUCAAAUCCGGUGAUCAUUAGCUGACCACGUCUGCACCUAACCAUCCACACGGGUAAGUAUGGUGACGACAGAUAUUAAACUGUUAAAAUCCCAUCAGCAAUGCUGCUGGUAUUAACGGGAGAACAGUUAUUACAAUUAUCAACGAUUGUAUACAAUAUAAACAUGCAUCCUAUAUACUACAAAUAUGAGAAUUGUUGUCAAGUUCUAAAAGAUGCGCGUAAACAGUACGUUUAAAUUUUGAGAGUGAUAUCAUUUCUCUAAUGUUUAAUGGUAAAGAGUUCCAGUCUUUUGCACCUGGACCAAGAAAAAGAACACAAAACAUUUGUGGUACUAGUGAUUGACCGAUUGUGCAACGAUCGGAAAUUUCCGAUUACUCAUGCCACAAUCUGCUAGAUACCGAUUUUAUAACGACGUCAUAAUAUCAGUCGACCGAGUAAAGGUGACGUCAUUCAUGUAGAUUUUUGAACGAUAAUUUCCAACGUAACAUGUUACUGCAACCAAAGAUCGUUAAAACCGUUAAUAUAAAUGCCACGCUUCACUCAUUAAUUUAAUAUAUUGCGUUAAAACGCAACGUGUAUCAAUGUGCUAUGCAUGUAAUUUUAAAGUGCGCAUUUUCUCAACAAUCGGAAAUAUAGAUAAUUCUACGGAUUCCGAUUGUCUACCGAUAAGGCAAAUAUCGGCCCAAUGCCGAUACCGAUAAUCGGUCAAUCACUAAUGACAAUGAAUCGAUGUAAAUAUUGAAAAGCUUGUCGACCAUUAUUAGCUAAUGUCCAAGCAACUGCACACUUAGCGCACAUUUGUCAGACACACUCGAAAUUCUUAAAAUUGACACUCGUGAUGUACACAAGGCAAUCUCCACUGCGGGUUAGAGUAAGUAGCGACAUCACUGGCAGAAGUAACUUUGAGUGAUAUUUUUGUCAAAGUUUGUCAUUCUUCUGUAUUGUAACAUACUCAUUCCUGUUUGGUGUUUUACACACUAGAAAAGAGAAAGAAUUGAAAAAAACAAGUUUCAACUGGAACAAACAUUGGAAGAAUGUAAGCAUAUGGGCAUUCAGCUGGGUUUGAAAUUUAAUUGUUAUCAGUAUCCCACUUCUGGAUAAUUCACCUGUAGUAGCCUGUGGAUAUCAGGAUACUGUGAAUUUCAUACCCUUCAAAUAUUGAUUAAUGUUUUGCGUAUGUUGCAGUAUAAUGAUGUAUUUCCUCUUUUCUUGUAGGGGACCCACAUACAGACCCUAAUGCUGUCACUGAUGCUUUUAAAACUUUGUUUAUUGGACGUUUAGUAAGUGCAGAGUAAUUUCUUUAUAGAUGGAAUAUUGAGUACUCGUUUAUGUAGAUGGCAGAUGUACAGUAUGACUUACGGUAGUCAUUAUUGCUAGUAGAUAUCCUCACACAAAACAUUCAAAGAUUGUAAUCUGGUCCGGCUUGAAAAGUAAAAUUUUUGCCCAUUUUAUAGGAUGUUUUGUAUUUUUCAGAACCCUGUAAAAUCACAUCCAAAAUGUAGAAAAUGGCGUUUCAUUACAUUUACACGGCAUGUGCACCCAGACCCGCACCAGGAGUCUCGCGCCAGCAUUUCAUUACCAUAUUAUACCUUUGCUUGGUUACUAUCACUUUUUAACCACCUACUUCUAAAUUUAAUCACACCCCUGUUCUCAUCAAAAGUAGAUGAUUGUGUAAGUUGAAGCUCUUUUCUUCACAGAAUUAUGAUACAUCUGAAAAUAAGUUACGUAGAGAGAUGGAAAUAUAUGGUCCAGUCAAAUCUGUAAGUUUUUUUAAAUUUUCUUGGUGGAUUUUCCUCUGUUUAUGUUUACUACAGAAAUUGCGGGAUUCGUCCUUUCACCCCAAAAAAGUGUUUGUGUCAAAACAUUCUGUAAUGUUACUACAUUCCUAAUGUCUUGAAAUCAACAUUAGCGAGCUUGAGCAAGCGGCGUGCUUGUCAACACGGACGACAUCCGAAAAUUGGUAGAACUACACAAGUAAAAACGCACAACUUGUAACAAACCUGCGGCAGACUUGUAGCAAUGCCGUUCCAACAACUUGUCAUCAGCAUAUGUGUUCGCACUGCUUGUUCCCAGCUUGUUGACAACUUGUCAACGGCUUGUUGACAACUUGCUACAAGCUUGUCAAGGCUUCUUUGAAUGUUUGCAUGGCGAUAAAAUAUAAAUGUUUUUGUUUGUGGAAACACCACGUAAAUUUAUUACUGCAAUUAUUGCAGUAAUAAAUUUACGUGUUGUUACAAGUUGUUCCAACAACUUGUUAUCGUCUUGCAAUUCAACAACUUGUCAACAAGUUGUGAGUGACACGCUUGUAGCAACUUGAUAAAAUAAAAACAUUGUUCGGCUCGUGUUUUGCGCGCUUUUCUUAACUCGAGCAACAUUUCCAAGUGUUUGGAUCAGGCCAUCCAAACACGGAAACCAUAAAGUAAUUGUUUUAUAAAAUAACAACUUUCCCUGUUAAAAUUUCACUUAAAAAAACUUUCACUUUAAAUUUCCGUGUUUGGAUGGCCUGAUCCAAACACGGGUUUUGACCAAUCAGAGCACGCGUUAUAUACAUGUUAUUUUAUAAAACUUGUUAACAGGCUUGCUACAAGCCUGUUGCGAACACAUCUUGUUGACAAGUUGUGUGAUUUUUACAUGUGUAGUUUUGCAUUUUCGCGCUCGUGUAUAAGGAAACAAAAAACUUUAAGAAUCUUAUGUUUUCUCAUAUAUGUGUUGAAGAUUACCACAAACUGACACAAACAGUUUUUUAUCCCUCUCGGCAAUAUGGCAACGUCUUAUUGGCCUGGGGGAAACUGUUCUGAAAUUAUUGUUGUUUGACGUUUAGCCUGAUAACGACAGAAAUAUGUGUGGGAAUGUAGUCGCAUCCUUGAAUAUUUUCACACGAAAACAGGCCACGUUUUCUCGGGUGAGAGGAAGCAUCCACAGUAAAAUUUCUCAAUAUUUUUAGAUCCAAAUGGUUAACAAUACGACAACAGGAAAGCCACGUGGUUUUGCUUUUGUUGAGUUUGAACACGAGCGGGAUAUGCACUGUAAGUAGAGAACAAGAUAAAAUAAUACCCACAGUAUAUGAACACAGGCUGAACCUGUUGUUUAUGACACUGUUGGUUAACUAUAUAGAAAUGUAGAAGAUGUAUUUUAUAAACUUGGUGUGUGUCAGCGUAGUGAUAAUAACACCAGAAAGCUGCGGAAUGAGGGAUUCAACUACCUGGAAAGUACAAGCAAAACUCGACGUUUCCAGUGAAGAUCCUCGUCAGGAAGUUCACUAACUUCACUAAGUUUACAAACUUCACGACGAAGGGCCUUCGCUCAAAAUGUCGAAGUUUUAUAUGCUUGUAUUUUUCAGAUAGUUGAAUCCCUCCGCAGCUUUUUGUAUAUUUGUCACCCUUGCUAGCACACAUUGUCUCAAUCUAAAAUCUUUACUUCAUACAUAAAUUAUUAUACAAUACCUCAGGUAAUGUUCCGUUAAUGUAAAGCGCAUUUUGUAUUUGUCCUUGGCCAUUGGUAAGUCUUGAAGUUGCGGUUUCCGUGUUUGGUAAGUUCGUAUAGUAUUUCGGUUGUCUGGUUUCACCAAUUACAGCAGUUUCCAUGUGAUACGCGACCACCUCGCGCAAAAAGAUUAAUAGCAAUAGUUGUUUUUGACAUUUAGUCGUGGUCACCAAUUCAAUAUGAGAAACGUGAACAACUGAGCCAAGCUGGGCAAAUUCGAUGACGAGAAUUUCAGGGCGGAUUUUCGUUUAUUUAAAAGGAGGGGUAGAAAAAUUUCGGGUGGGGUGCAAGCGGCACCACUCAGUGAGCUUCGGCAGGAUUAGCCGUUUGGGUUAAAGCCUUUCACCCCAAAUAGGAGGGUUGAAGCGAAAUUUUGGUGAAACUUUCCUACUUUUCCUAUUUUUUAUUAAAAAUUGCUUGAUUUUCCUACUUUUUCCUACUUUUUCUCAUAAAAUCCUACUUUUUUAAGACAGCUUGGGGAAUCAGUAUAUUGUAGCUCUCGUAAUUUAGAUCUAUAGGACUCGUAAUUUUUAUUCCCUAUUUGUGUCCCAGAUGAUAAGAUCUCAGGAGGAGAAGAAGUACAUUUUCCGAGUAUAAAAUUUCA